AUGCGCCCGGGCACGAGGAGCACAGUCGACCGGCUCGACAGGCCGAGCGCAUACUACCAAAGCAGGAACAAGCGGAGACGCGACCGCGACGACGACGCCAUCGAGGAAAAGCCAGAGCCCGCCGUUGACCCCCUCGCAGACGCGACGACCCUCUACGUUGGCAACCUUUCAUUCUACACGACCGAAGAGCAAGUCUACGAGCUCUUCUCCAAGUGCGGCGAGAUCAAGCGCCUCGUCAUGGGCCUCGACCGCUUCCAAAAGACGCCCUGCGGCUUCUGCUUCGUCGAGUACUACACCCACCAGGACGCCCUCGACUGCAUGAAGUACAUUGGCGGCACCAAGCUCGACGAGCGUAUCGUCCGUACCGACCUCGACCCCGGCUUUGAGGAGGGCCGCCAGUACGGCCGCGGCAAGUCGGGCGGCCAGGUGCGCGACGAGUAUCGCGAGGACUUCGACGAGGGGCGCGGCGGCGUGGGCAGGGCGAUACAGACCGAGAGGUUGAGGGACUACGACGACGAGGGGCGAUACCUGCGCUAA